CUACAGCAGCAGUUGCGCGCCCGCGUAUAAAUACCGGCUUGAGCCGGUAUAGUUUGUUUUAAGACUAGGAUCGAGUGGAAGCUGCUACAUGGGUAGAUGGUUCUGAAGAUGACAUUUUUAUUUUGGCUGCAAAGGAAAAUGCUCUAUCAUGUGUUAUUUUAAAUCGUUUACAUGGAUAGUUUUUUCUAUUGCUGCAAAACGUAAAGGGAAAGUCAAACUACCCUAUCAACAUUGUUCAUAGACGUUUUCAAAAUACCUGAUUAUGAUCGCAAGUUAGCACACAGCAGACUGUGUAUAAAAAAAACCCAUAGGCUAUAGCAUAGUGAUUCGUUUCCUGAAAACAGUGCGGGCUUUUACAGUCGACAGUUGAUCGACAAAAACCUCAAACGACACUGCACUGGCAACUAUGAUGGGAAUGAUGUCCUCAGUGAAGGGGUGCAUGGGGCCCAACGUGUACCCAGAAGUGCCCGACGGAGGCUGGGGCUGGGUGGUGGCUGUGGCGUUCUUCUUCGUGGAGGUUUUCACCUACGGCGUCAUCAAGAGCUUCGGCAUCUUCCUGCAGGACCUCAUGGGCGAGUUCAACGAGACCAACAGCCGGGUCUCAUGGGUGGUCUCCAUCUGUGUCUUCAUCAUGGCCUUCACAGCACCCCUCUCCACCAUGAUGAGUAACCGCUUCGGGUAUCGGCCCGUUGUCAUGGUCGGCGGAUUCCUCAUCAGCCUGGGCACCAUCUGCAGCGGUUUCGCCACCUCCAUCAACGAGAUGUACAUCACUGUGGGCAUUGUCUCAGGCCUGGGCUACUGCAUGACCUUCCUGCCCACCAUCACCAUCCUCUCGCAGUACUUCGGCCGCCGCCGCUCCAUCGUCACCUCCAUCGCCUCCUCUGGGGAGUGUGUCGCCGUCUUCGCCCUGGUUCCAGCCUUCACUGCCAUUAAGGAUGUGAUUGGCUGGCGCCACUGCAUGGUGGUCAUUGGAGUCCUUCAGAUGAGUGUGAUUGUCUGUGGAGCUCUGCUUCGUCCAAUCAUCAUCAGGCCAAAACAAACUGAUGCCGACUCGUCCAGCUCCCCUCUCAAGGAGCCGCAGGGAAAGUAUGAGCUGGAGAACGAGCUCACCAUCAACUCUGUGGACUCAGGAGUGCAGUCGCUCUCUAGCUCACGCACCAACCUGAACAACAGCCAAGGGGGGGCCUCCCCCGACAAGAAUAGCCUCGCCGAGGCAGAGGUAGAAGAGCAGCAGGCCUGUUUCAAUAAGGAAGAAGAGGACGAAGGAUACGGAAAGGUCGCAGCAAAACCGUCAGAGCCUACCAACGCUAGUGCCACCUCCAAGCUCCUGGACUUCUCGGUGCUGCGCGAUGGCGGCUUUGUGUGCUACUCGCUCUUCGGCCUGUUCGCCACACUGGGCUUCUUCGCGCCGCAGCUCUACGUGAUGGAGCUGGGCGUGUCGCGCGGCAUGUCUCGCGACGCCGCACCCGCCCUGCUCUCCACCAUGGCGGCGGCCGAGAUUGUCGGGCGCCUCUCCGUGGGCUGGCUGCUCACGCGGUUGCCCCUGCGCAAGAUCAACGUGCUGCUGCUGUGCACUGUGCUGCUGGCCGGCGUCCUGGUGGCCUUCACGCUGGUGCUGGACUUCUGGGGGCUGGCUGUGUGCUGCGCGCUCUACGGCUUCCUGCUGGGCACCGUCUGCUCCACGCACAUCCCCAUGCUGGCCGAGGACGACGUACUGGGCAUCCAGCGCAUGCCCUCGGCCGUCGGCGUCUAUGUCUGCAUCCAGAGCUUCGCCGGGCUGGCUGGACCACCCCUUGGAGGUGUCCUGGUGGAUAAGACAGGGAACUACGGCUCAGCCUUCUACUCGUGUGCGGUGGGCAUGGGCCUGGGGGCACUAUUCCUGGGCCUGGUGCGCCCGCUGAAGCUGGGAAUGUGCCAAGGCCGGCGGAAGGGCCAGAGCGCGGAGAGCAGCCCCUCGCAGAGCUCGACGGAUGACCCCGUCGACUUCCUGGAUGUGGAUCUGGCGGGUGAGGGAAGCCCUACCAAAAGCAAUGACCAAAGUGUGGUGUGAGUUCACCCUCACAAGACUGUCACCUGCCAUUGGGAACAAGACCAACAAAGACAAGAACGGAAAAGAUAUCAAGAUGAAGCAGGAGAACAAUGAGGUGGAGAUGGUUUGUGUUUUUAAUGCAGACCAUCGGAAGGUAAAUAGACAUACAUAAGAGACCACAGUGUCUCAGAUGUUUCCAUUUUAGACAUCCUGUCGCUGCUUUUAACGUGCAUGAGUCAUGGGGGACAGGCACACCACUCAGUGAAGACCGCAUGGUCCAACUGAUCACUCCAAAUGCUCGUUUUAAUGAUUUCUUUCGCAUUUCUCAUCAGACAUCAGAGUUGACACAGAGUGACUUGUGCCCUUAGAGAAACACAUGCUAAGUGUGAAAUCAGUCAGACAAAUGGUAAGAGAGAUGUGCGAAGAACAGACAGAUAGACAGACGUUCCUGGAAUUGAUAAGUUAUUUAUAAACCUAUGGUGUGGGGUGUGGUGUGAAUGUACUGUAUAUUUUUACAUAUUUAAGCCAGGAAGACACCACUGGGUCACUAUCAAUCCAUUUGUGAGUGUGUGGAAAAGAAGGAAGGCUAAUUUGGUCUCUUCUUACUGGCUUAAUCAUUAAUUGACUUUGGUCGGACACUGGGUUUUGAUGUCACACAUUCUAAUGCUGUGAAGCUCUAAUGGUUCUAAUGACGCCCCUGAGUUUCUAUGACAACGACCCACAAUGCACUUGGUUUUAUGUCAGUACCUGGGGCGAUGGAGACUCCCACAGAGCACCCGCAGGUCUUCCAUGACCCAGAUGGUGGCACUGAUCUAGAUGGUGAUGUUGGGCCUGAUGUGGCACCAGAUGCAGGUCAAAGGGUCAAAAUUCCAGAAUCACCAUCUGUGUUGUCUUCACCAUUCUGUGGGACUUCGGGUGCAUUGGUGUUUACCAGAGAAUAUUUCCAUCCCAUCACCACGGUUUUGUGCUGAUAUGUCCAUCCAGUGCUUGUAUAGACUUAACUGAAUUCCUGAGUUGUACAACCAUGUUUUCUCCCACAUCGUUCACAUUAAAUGAGGGGUUUUCUUUUUAAGGGAGGAGUUUUACAUUUCUAUUAUACAUAUCCCUUUAUCUUAUUUUGUAGAUACAUUUCCCUUUAUCUUAUUUAUAAAUACAGUUGAUGAUAUUUAAACUCACCACCAAAGAUAGUAGCAGUCAGUCAUGUCAUGUGUCCAGGGGUACAGAUGAGGCUUUAAAGGUUUGUGGUUGACUCUCUUGUGCCUUUUAAUUUAAGGUUCCUAGCUCUGUCUGCCUUGUGAACUCUGUAUUAUUGGCUUGAUGUUGAAGGGGGAAAAUGCAAUAUUGAAACACCAUCCCUUUUUUACUGAUGUUAUGCCAUAGCACUGAAUUUCUUCAUCAUAUAAAAGUAUGUAAUAGAGUGUGUGUAUGUGAGUAUAUAAAGCAAGCUGUGUGAGAGAACAAUGUUUGGUUGGCUCAGAAGAAGUGUAAUCAGUGUAUGCAAUGUACCUCCUUCAUAAUUGUUUUUAAAACAGUGAAGUCCUCAACUGAGCCUGCUGAACAAUCGGAUAUCACCUGAAGACUUGAUCCUUUAUUUAGCACAGUGUCUGAAUUGUCAUCAGUAUAGUUUAUGUAAAAUUAUGAAAUCACUUGUGUGUGUAUAGGUUGUAUAGGUUUUUACUUACGGCAUGUAUGAGGGCAUUCUAAAUUGUACUGAUGAAAGACAACGUUUUGAAAUUCAAUGUAAUAUAUGUCAAUGCCUGGAAAUGCUUGACGCAAAAUUUGCCCCCUUAGAAUUAUAGGGUUCUAACUGCAUUCUGAGUAGUUCUGAGAUAUUGAGCUUACACGUUUUAGAGAAUUCCAUAGAGUUUUAUUGAUAAGAGGAAACAACCUCUUUAUACUGUCCAAAAAUGCAUACAACUUCAAGAACCACCUUACCUCACCUUAUUUAUUCACAGAAUAAAAAUAUAUCAAUUACUCAGUUUUGACAAAAAUGUCAGAUAGAACCUUAGAAUUCUAAGGGGACAAAAUGGCUACAAUUGAUUUUUUUUAUAUUGAUUAAAUCUUGUUUACAACUA